AUGGCGGCCGUGAGGGUCUCCGACAAGGCCGCGGCGUCCGUCGCCGUCGUCGUUGUCGUCUUCCUCUUCCUCAUGGCCGGCGGCAACGCGGUGGCGGCGUUCAACUACGCGGACGCCCUCGACAAGGCGCUGCUCUUCUUCGAGGCGCAGCGCUCGGGGAAGCUCCCGCCGGGGCAGCGCGUCGCGUGGCGCGGCGACUCCGGCCUGUCCGACGGCGCCGCGGAGGGUGCGGACCUGGUCGGCGGAUACUACGACGCCGGGGACAACGUCAAGUUCGGCCUGCCCAUGGCGUUCACGGUCACCAUGCUGUCGUGGAGCGUCGCCGAGUUCGGGGACGCCAUGGCGCGCGCAGGCGGCGGGGGGCACCUGGAGGGCGCCAGGGCCGCCGUGCGCUGGGGCGCCGACUACCUGCUCAAGGCGGCCGCGGCGUUGCCUGGCGCGCUCUACGUGCAGGUGGGCGACCCGUACCAGGACCACCGGUGCUGGGAGCGGCCCGAGGACAUGGACACCCCGCGCAGCGUCUACAAGGUGACCCCCGACAGUCCCGGCUCCGACGUCGCCGGCGAGACCGCCGCCGCGCUCGCCGCCGCGUCCCUCGUGUUCCGGGCCUGCGACCCCGGCUACUCCUCCAAGCUGCUCCAGACAGCUCGAAAGGUCUUCGAUUUCGCCGACAGGUAUAGGGGCUCGUACAGCGACUCGCUCAGCUCCGUGGCGUGCCCAUUCUACUGCUCCUACUCCGGAUACAAUGACGAGCUCCUGUGGGCGGCGGCGUGGCUGCACCUGGCGACGACGGCGGCGGGGAAGGGCGGCGGCGGCGCCGGCAGCAACUCGUCGGCCGACGCGUACCUGUCGUACAUCUACUCGAACGGGCACACGCUGGGCGCGGAGCAGGACGACUUCACCUUCAGCUGGGACGACAAGCGCGUGGGCACCAAGGUCCUCCUCGCCAAGGGGUUCCUGCAGCCGCGGGGAGGUGGCGGCGACAAGACAGCGCAGGCGGCCGCCGCGCUGCAGCUCUACAAGGCGCACGCCGACUGCUACGUCUGCUCGCUGGUGCCGGGCGCCGCCGGCUUCCAGUCGUCCCAGUACACCCCGGGGGGGCUUCUGUUCAAGUCAGGCGACAGCAACAUGCAGUACGUGACCUCCACCGCGUUCCUGCUCCUCGCCUACUCCAAGUACCUCGCCGGCGCCGGCGCCACCGUGUCCUGCGGCGGCUCCGCGGUGCCGCCGCCGGCGCUGGUAGCCGUGGCGACACGGCAGGUGGACUACAUCCUGGGCGCGAACCCGGAGGGGAUGUCGUACAUGGUGGGGUUCGGCGGGCGGUUCCCGCGGCGCGUGCACCACCGCGGCUCGUCGAUGCCGUCGGCGCGCGCCCACCCGGCGCGCAUCGGCUGCGACGAGGGGUUCCGGUACCUGCACUCGGCGGAGCCCGACGCGAACGUGCUGGUGGGCGCCGUCGUCGGCGGGCCCGACGGGGCGGACGGGUACACCGACAGCCGCGACAACUACGCGCAGGCGGAGCCGUCCACCUACACCAACGCGCCGCUCGUCGGCGCGCUCGCGUUCCUCGCCGGCGGCAGGGGACACUGAAGCUAGUAGCUAGUACAAAGCUAGCAGAUUGCACGUGUAAACCAGCUAAACACAAUGUUGAAAAUAGCAUGCUAAGAUGUUUAGCGAUUAGAGCAAAGGCUAUAGCCCGCUAUAACCCCGCUAACCUUAUUUAGCUGUUUUACAAAUUUUUACAAAUUAAGUAACUAAAUUAAGAAUCUGGAUGUUCA